AUGACGAACCAAGAGAAGUGGGCCCACCUUAGUCCUUCUGAAUUUUCUCAGCUCCAAAAGUAUGCUGAGUAUUCUACAAAGAAAAUCAAGGAUGUCCUGGGAGAAUUCCAUGGCAAUGGAGUGCUGGCAAAGUAUAAUCCAGAGGGGAAACAAGACAUUCUUAACCAAACCAUAGAUUUUGAAGGCUUCAAGCUGUUCAUGAAAACCUUCCUGGAGGCCGAACUCCCUGAGGAUUUCAGCGCCCAUCUCUUCACGUCCUUUAGCAGCCAAGCUCUUCAUUCCAGCCCCUUGGUCAAAAGCAAACCUCCCCUCCUCUCUGGGGGUCUGCGGAUGAAUAAAGGUGCCGUGACUCCCCCCCACACUUCUCCAUCCAGUUUGCAGCUGCCCCAAGUCAUCCAGCUGAAAGACAUCGUCUGCUACUUGUCCUUGCUCGAACGUGGGAGACCUGAAGACAAACUAGAAUUCAUGUUCCGCCUCUACGACACCGACGGCAACGGCUUCCUGGACAGUUCGGAGCUCGAAAAUAUCAUCAGCCAGAUGAUGCACGUGGCUGAAUACCUCGAGUGGGAUGUCACAGAGCUGAGUCCGAUACUCCAUGAAAUGAUGGAAGAGAUCGACUACGACCACGACGGCACCGUGUCUCUGCAGGAGUGGAUUCAGGGAGGGAUGACCACCAUCCCCUUACUGGUGCUCCUUGGCUUGGAAAACAAUGUGAAGGAUGACGGACAGCACGUUUGGCGGCUGAAGCACUUUAACAAGCCGGCCUACUGCAAUCUCUGCUUGAACAUGCUCAUCGGCGUGGGGAAGCAGGGCCUGUGCUGCUCCUUCUGCAAGUACACCGUCCAUGAGCGCUGCGUGGCCAGAGCCCCCCCUUCAUGCAUCAAGACCUACGUGAAGUCCAAAAAGAACACGGACGUCAUGCACCAUUACUGGGUUGAAGGCAACUGUCCGACCAAGUGUGACAAGUGCCACAAAAAUGUCAAAUGCUACCAGGGCCUGACGGGACUUCACUGUGUUUGGUGCCAGAUCACACUCCACAAUAAAUGUGCCUCUCACCUCAAACCCGAGUGCGACUGUGGAAUCUUGAGGGACCAUAUCUUACCCCCCACAGCCAUCUGCCCAGUGGUGCUGGAUCGCCAAGGGACGGGGAGCAAAGACGGCGACGCCUCCCAGCCGGCCAGCAAGGCCGGAGACAGGAGCAAGAUGCAGAGAGCCAACUCGGUGACGGUGGACGGCCAAGGCCUCCAGAUCACUCCGAUCCCUGGCACGCACCCGCUGUUGGUCUUUGUGAACCCCAAGAGUGGCGGCAAGCAAGGAGAAAGAAUCUACAGAAAAUUUCAGUAUCUCUUAAAUCCUCGCCAGGUUUAUAAUCUUGCUACGAAUGGACCUAUGCCAGGGUUAAAUUUUUUCCGAGAUGUCCCUGACUUUCGGGUCCUGGCAUGUGGUGGAGAUGGAACAGUGGGCUGGAUCCUGGACUGCAUAGAGAAGGCAAAUAUAAGCAAGCAUCCUCCAGUCGCCAUCCUGCCUCUUGGGACCGGUAACGACCUAGCCAGAUGCCUGAGAUGGGGCGGAGGCUACGAAGGGGAGAGUCUGAUGAAGAUCCUGCGAGACAUCGAGAGCAGCUCGCAGGUCAUGCUGGACCGCUGGAAGUUCGAGGUGACCCCCAACGACAAGGACGAAAAGGGAGACCCAGUGCCUUACUCCAUCAUCAAUAACUACUUCUCCAUCGGCGUGGAUGCUUCCAUCGCCCACAGAUUCCACAUUAUGAGAGAGAAGCACCCAGAGAAGUUCAACAGCCGAAUGAAGAACAAGUUUUGGUAUUUUGAGUUUGGCACUUCGGAGACGUUCUCGGCGACCUGCAAGAGGCUGCAUGAAUCCGUGGAGAUUGAAUGUGAUGGCGUGCAGCUAGACCUAAUAAACAUCUCACUGGAAGGAAUUGCUAUUUUGAAUAUUCCCAGCAUGCAUGGAGGAUCCAAUCUCUGGGGAGAGACCAAGAAAAGGCGCAGUCAUCGCAGAACUGAAAAGAAGGGGUCAGACAAGAGAACAGCCGUCACCGAUGUCAAGGAGCUGAAGUUUGCGACUCAAGCAUCCUUUCCAGAUGCCACGUUGUUGUGCAAUAGCCUGCCUUCCCACCCCACCAAGUCCCACAGUUCUUGUGCCCCUAGCAAAUCCCCUCGAAUUCUUGUUGGAAGGAAAGUGUCCGUGUACUUCCCUUUGGCCAAGGAAAACAUCUCGGUCGACGUUGUCCACCCUGAUGCCCUUCAGUGGCCAGCACUGCCCUGCCGGGAACUUGAUGAGAUCACUGAGCAGAGGAGAGUUGAGAGAGCAGAGAAGAGGGGCCAGGACAGAGCCCUCCGGGGCAUCCAGAGUAGCAGGACAGGCCCUGGAGGGGGACCCGACAACGGAAAUGCACACGUCACCCGGCUAGAAGAACAGAAGAGGAAGGGCUGUCCUAUGAGCCAGAGAGAAGAGAGUAGCAAGGAGGAGAGAGGAAGCAGCCAGCGGACAGGAGAGAUCAAGUAUCAGUGCGAAAGGAGGAACGACAAAGGCAUGGAGAUGGGAAAUGGAGCGUGA